UCCUACAGGGUCACAUGUUGAAUGGUGUAAACAGCUUAUAGCUGCCACAAUUUCUAGUCAGAUUUCAGGUUCAGUGACAUCAGAGAAUGUGUCCAGAGAUUACAAGGUUUUCAGGAGGCCUGAUAUAAGGAAUAUUCAUAAAGCAAGACAAAGAUUGGAGAUACAGGAGGAACACAAUGGCUACCCUUCUGAAGCUGAAGCUGAUCAGGCUCUAAGGGAUGGAAAUAAGCUGGCACAGAUGGAAGAAGCAUCACUUGUUCCAGGAGAAUCAAUUAAGGCCAUUGUGAAAGAUGUCAUGUAUAUCUGCCCUUUUAUGGGAGCAGUGAGUGGAACCCUGACAGUGACGGACUUUAAGAUGUACUUCAAAAAUGUAGAGAGGGACCCGCACUUUGUCCUUGAUGUGCCCCUUGGAGUGAUCAGCAGAGUUGAGAAGAUUGGAGCACAGAGCCAUGGAGACAGUUCCUGUGGUAUAGAGAUCGUGUGCAAGGAUAUGAGGAACUUGCGACUUGCUUAUAAACAAGAGGAACAGCGCAAACUUGGGAUAUUUGAAAACCUCAAUAAACAUGCAUUUCCUCUUUCCAAUGGCCAGGCACUAUUUGCAUUCAGCUAUAAAGAAAAAUUUCCAGUUAAUGGCUGGAAAGUUUAUGAUCCAGUAGCUGAAUAUAAGAGACAGGGCUUGCCAAAUGAGAGUUGGAAAAUAUCCAAAAUAAAUAGCAACUAUGAGCUCUGCGCCACUUACCCUGCUGUCAUUGUUGUGCCAACCAGUGUAAAAGAUGAUGACCUAUCAAAAGUGGCAGCCUUUCGAGCAAAAGGCAGAGUUCCUGUGUUAUCAUGGAUUCAUCCGGAAAGUCAGGCAACGAUUACCCGCUGCAGCCAGCCACUGGUGGGCCCCAGUGAUAAACGCUGCAAAGAGGAUGAAAAAUACUUGCAGACAAUCAUGGAUGCUAAUGCACAGUCACACAAACUUAUCAUCUUUGAUGCCCGACAAAACAGUGUUGCUGAUACAAACAAGGCAAAAGGUGGAGGAUACGAAAGCGAAAGUGCUUACCCAAAUGCAGAACUCUUGUUUCUGGAGAUUCACAACAUUCAUGUGAUGAGGGAGUCACUGCGGAAGUUAAAGGAGAUCGUGUACCCUUCCAUUGACGAGACUCGGUGGCUGUCCAAUGUGGACUCGACGCACUGGCUGGAAUAUAUAAGGAUGCUUCUUGCUGGGGCAGUAAGAAUCGCUGAUAAAAUAGAAUCUGGGAAGACCUCUGUGGUGGUGCACUGCAGUGAUGGCUGGGACCGAACAGCCCAGCUCACAUCACUGGCCAUGCUGAUGUUGGACAGUUACUACCGGACCAUUAAAGGAUUCGAAGCUCUCAUAGAAAAAGAGUGGAUAAGCUUUGGACACAGGUUUGCACUGCGAGUGGGCCAUGGCGAUGACAACCAUGCAGAUGCUGACCGAUCACCCAUAUUCCUUCAGUUUAUUGAUUGUGUUUGGCAAAUGACAAGACAGUUUCCUUCAGCAUUCGAGUUUAAUGAACUGUUCUUGAUUACAAUUUUGGAUCACCUUUAUAGCUGUCUCUUUGGGACCUUUUUGUGCAACUGUGAACAAGAGCGAUUCAAAGAGGAUAUACAUUCAAAGACCGUGUCUUUAUGGUCCUAUAUCAAUAGCCAGCUUGAUGAGUUUUCUAACCCCUUCUUUGUGAACUACGAAAACCACGUCCUGUAUCCUGUUGCUAGUCUGAGUCAUCUGGAGUUAUGGGUAAAUUAUUACGUCCGAUGGAACCCACGGAUGAGGCCACAGACGCCAAUCCACCAGAAUCUCAAGGAGCUGCUGGCUGUCAGGGCUGAGCUGCAGAAGCGCGUGGAGGACCUGCAGCGGGAGGUGGCCACGCGCGCUGUCUCGUCGUCCUCUGAGCGGGGCUCCUCGCCAUCACACUCGGCUACUCCAGUCCAUACCUCGGUCUGAGGGUGAGCCACCGACGCGGGCCACCCCACCACUCCGCGUCUCCCUGGGAGCUCAGGGCCUGGCUGUGGCAAGGUUACGGCGAGGCCUCUGGGGACCCAGGCACUGUCUUCUGGGACAGGAGGUCCAGGGACCAUCCUCGGGGCUAGGUGACAGCCCCCACUGUGGCCAAGUGCUUUCUGUCUCGUGAACAGCCCAGGACCCCGCCAGCGGCCAGGCCCAUCCCGUGACCCACCCUCCUCUGUCUCAGGCUUCAGGACAUCUCGUGCCCUUGCCGUCCACGGUCACCCUCUGUCAGAAACAAACCUUGCCAGCUGUGGGAGUGCUCUCAGCACCCUGCCACGGCUUGAAGACUGAUCUUAAGUGAAAUGUCUGGAGAGAAUCGCACCAUCGGCCUCCGGUCUCCAGUUCCCACUGUGUAUAUAGAAGGUAUUUUUUAAAGAGAGAAACAGGCCUUUAUUUUCCUAUGUCCUUUUUAAUGUUUAGAAUAAUUGCCAGCAGAGGUGUCUGCUUCCUCUUCCGUGGGAGGAAGUCUUUCUGCUCGCCCUGCUGACUUCUGUGGUACGUAUGAAAUGAGACUUUAGACACGGUCACCUGGGUGGCAGCCUCUCCCUGUCCUCAGCCUAGCUCCGGUACUUGCCUCCUGAGGCGGCCCUGUCCAUUGGUAGGCAUGCUCAGUGCUGGCAGCUUUGCGCAGGCGCCCGUCCCGUGCCUGGGCAGAAUGGUGUUUCCCAUUCAUCACAGGCCCCUCACCCUGGGUUGCCGAGUGACCGCCCAUCCCUGUCUUAAAGCGGCUGUGCACCAUGGCGGCGGGAGAGGCCAGUGCGCACCCCUCCUCGAGCCCAGCCUGGCUGGCCUCGCCCCACAGUUCCGGGUUCUGCACCACCAUGGGGGUGAAGUCAUCAUGUGCUCUAGGCCUGUCUCUGCAGGUCACCGGGAUGCCACCACAGCACAGCACAAGGUCAGCUGCCUCAGAAGCUCACAGGUCCCCUGGGACAGGUGCAUUGACGUCACUGCCUCAGGCCCGAUCAGGCUCCAGACGCACACAUAGUCCUACACAUUAUUUUUGAAAAUAGAUUGUUCAGAAGUUUUCUACGGUCAUAUACAUAGGGAUUAGAUGUUAUUUCAACUUGGAACCUUCUGAUUCAUACAGAAAAUUUUCCUUCUGUAAACUACCAGAAAUAUUUAUUCAUGGUCACUUGGCAAUUCCUAAAACCAAUUGUUCAUUUUUGUCACGUGAGGAUCUGUCCGUGCGGCACACUGCAAUGGAUAUUAACUACUGAGUUAGGCUCCCUGCCCAGCCCAAAGCUCACUUAUGAAUGGGUAGGCUGUUAGUGCUACACGGAUUUUUUUCGUGGAGACGUUCCCCAGUCUUUCCCCACAGACACCACGUAGUCCGCCAGCUGCGCUGGGACAGUUCCGUGCGGUGCGGAUGGGGUGAUGGCGCACAGACCCCCGAGGCCCAGGGUCACUCUCCGGCGAGGUCGGCCCUGCCGCAUGGCCCUGCCAACUCUCACUUAAAGAAGCACAAGAGCGCGCUGCCCUUGGUCUGUUCCUCACACAGAACUGUGUCCGGCGCCACUCGAAGGCUGGUUUGGUAUCUGAGCCCUGCUCUUUUGUUCAAGUGUACUGGAAUGUAAAACCUUGGGUUUUUAAAGCUGGCACAAUGCUGUAUUUCAUCUGAUGCGCUGUCUUUGCACCUGUAAUUAAAAUGACAGCGUGUGCUCCCUA